AUGUCAGAAGAUGUCCUUGCCAAAGUGUACGAAUACUUGACACCCGGCUUACCGGUUGUACCAAUUGCGCAGGGUGCUGAAGCCGUAGUGUUCACUAGCGAGAAGCAUCCAUACUUACCAAAUAGCGGAAAAUUCAUCCUAAAAUAUAGACCUCCAAAGCGGUACAGACACCCUUCUAUCGAUAAAGCCUUGACGAAGCAUCGUACUAUUGGUGAGGCUCGGUUACUGACCAAGCUAUUUUUAAUUGAAGGUUUAAAAGUCCCUAAACUAAUUGCUUGCGAUGCCUAUAACGGUUACCUGUGGCUUGAAUUUCUGGGUGAGGAGUUGCCUCACGGCAAAGGUUUUAGCAACUUGAAGAACUUUCUAUGGAUGUACGCGACAGAUGAUGGCGAUCCCUAUUGUUCUAUCGUUGAGGAGACCUUAAAAAAGGUCGGCCAACAAAUUGGGUUAUUACAUUGGAAUGGCUACUGCCAUGGUGAUCUGACUAGCUCCAAUAUAGUGCUCUCAAGAUCUGGAAAAAAUGAAACAUCGUGGCAACCAUAUUUAAUAGAUUUCGGACUAGGAUCUACCACAGACUCUGUUGAAGAUAAAGGUGUGGAUUUGUACGUACUAGAGAGAGCUAUCAUUAGUACUCAUUCGGCACAUGCGGAGGCAUACAACGAGUGGCUUUUAAAGGGAUUUAGUGAAAUUUAUAAACGCUAUGGAGAUGCGGGUGAAGUAAAGCUCAAGGAAGUGACGAAACGAUUUCAAGAGGUACGGUUGCGAGGAAGGAAACGGAGUAUGAUUGGCUGA